AUGAAUCAAAGUGUAUCAUUUAAAAUUGUCUUACUUGGUGAGGGUAGUGUUGGUAAGACGUCAAUUGUCUUACGUUAUUCAGAAAAUUUAUUUAAUGAUAAACAUAUUGAAACUCAACAAGCAUCGUUUAAAACUAAGAGAUUAAUUCUAGAUGGUCGUCGUAUUGAACUAGCUAUUUGGGAUACGGCAGGACAAGAACGUUUUCAGGCACUUGGACCCUUAUAUUAUCGUGAAGCCAAUGGUGCUAUAUUAGUUUUUGAUAUAACAGAUGAAGAUUCAUUUAAUCGAGUUAAAAAUUGGGUUAAAGAAUUACGAAGAAUGUUAGGCAAUGAUGUUGCAUUAUGUAUCGUGGCAAAUAAAAUUGAUCUUGAAAGAGAUCGUCGUGUACCUAUGGAAACAGCUGAAGAAUAUGCGAGAUCAGUUAAUGCUAAACUUUAUCAUACAUCAGCGAAAUUAAGCAAAGGAAUCGAAGAACUUUUCAAUGAUUUGGCUCAUCGUAUGCUUGAAACAGCAUCAUCAACGACGAGUGGUCCAAAUACCGGUGGAACUGGUCGUCAACGUGGUAUACCUAUUCUAUCACCAUCGGCAACAGAGGCGAUCAAUCAAAAGAAAAGUGGCGGUUGUUGUUAA